CAUAUACGAAUACGGCCAGCCUGGACUGCGACUUUCAGACGGACACCUGCGACUGGACACAGGUCAAGGACGACCAGGCAGACUGGCGUAGACGCCGAGGUGAGACCAACUCGAACGGCACCGGGCCGUUUUACGACCACACCUACGGCAACUUCACGGGCGUCUACAUCUACUUUGAGGGCGGCGACGUGAGCAGGGCCAACGACACAGCGUCACUGCAGAGCCCUCUACUUCCGGCUCAGACUGGGGCUGUGUUCAGCUUUUUCUACCACAUGAAAGGAUACCAGAUGGACACUCUUAGGGUCAGGCUUGUGACCUAUGACUUUUUCGGAAGGGAAACAAGUGAAAAGAUUUUAUUUCAGAAAUCUGGCAAAGAGCAAACGGCGUGGGCCGAGGCUAGGAUCGACGUGGACGAGACGGAGAGCUUCCGGCUGUUCGUUGAAGCGCUCUUGUUGCACGACUUUGGCGACUACACGGACAUGGCGGUGGACGACUUCCGGUUCUUCCGCACAUGCAAAAGUAACCCGUGCGGGACAGACCAGACGUGUAAUGACCGUCAGUUCGGCUUUGCGUGCGCUUACAACUGUACCACCGCACCGUGCCUGAACGGGGGGAUGUGCGGAGCUGAGGGAGAAAGCUACACAUGUAGGUGUGCACCGGGCUACACAGGCCCUAACUGCGAGACAGACAUAGAUGACUGUCGACUGUUGCCGUGCCAGAACAACGCCGUGUGCAUCGAUCUCGUCAACUCUUACUUCUGCGCAUGUGCUGACGGCUUCACCGGAACUACCUGUGAGAUACAGCUGGAGACUCCGGAAUGUCACGGUUUAGUUGUUGACCUGCACGCCACUCCCAAGACUCUGACUCCGCCAAUCACAGCUGAGCUGAAUAUCACGUGCUCUUUGAGAUUGGCGACGUCAAAUGAAAAACGCGUUUGCGAGGACGUCAUCAGUUUCGAUUUUGGGGGCGUGGCGUCUGUUGCUCUUACCCGGAAAGGUUCCAGAGAUGUGAUCGAAGAAACUGUGUCCGUCAUGUCGUUUUUUGAAAACGCCACCGCCAAAACUGACCACGGUAUGCUGGAGGUGGAGGGCUGGCUCAGACAUGUGAUGACGUCACAGAGCCCCGCUCUAGCCUCGCUGGACAACAGGUGGUUUUACCCAACGGACGACCAGGCGGGAGACUACUCCUGCACUGUCGUCGCUAUCGGCAGCUUGGGCCGACCUCUGACCUUUCAAGUCAGGCAGAAGAUCAAAGUAUCGAUUCCUGCGAAACAGGAAGUUCGCAGAUACGUUGCCAACCUGCACAACAGCAGCUGCCCUAAGUGAAUUUUGAUGGUUGAUCCUCUAGACUCUAGAUCUAUUAAUUUUGUCGCUUGUGUUUCUUGUACCCUAAUUCUUUUAUAAUUUUUUUGGGUAAAAUAUCUAAUUAUUUUUGUCAUUAAAAAAAAAAAUUUCUUAUACCGUUAUUUUUUUUAUAUCAACAAAUUGUAAUACUUUUUUUGUAGUUGCAAAAUUCCUCCUUCCUUACAAUAUUUUAAGAAUUUCUGAACACAGCCGUUGUUACAUUCAAUGUCUAGCAGUUUCCCUCGAUUGGGUUGUAAUUUGCUGCUUUCAAAAGGAUAAAAAUUGAAAAUUGAAAAUAAAAAUGUACCAUGGACUAUUCCAUUGACGACAAUUUA